AAAUGGGCAUGUCUAUAAGCAAUGCCAAAAAAACCAUACCUCCGGCACCGGCACCGGCGGAUCAGAUCCCUGGAUUGACCAGAGCAGGUUCAAUCCUAGGCAUACCAACCAAAAACAUCGAAGAUUACUACAAAAUCGGUAGAGAAUUAGGUCGUGGUAAAUUUGCAGUCACAUCUCUCUGCAGAGACAAGUCAACCGGCAAGAAAUACGCCUGCAAAUCGAUCCCCAAAAGGAGACUUGUUACAGAAUCCGAGAAACAGGAUCUGAAGAGAGAGGUUAUGAUCAUGGAGCAUUUGAGAAAUCAAAGGAAUGUUGUUGAAUUGAAAGAUGCAUUCGAAGAUAAACGAUGUGUGCAUUUAGUUAUGGAGUAUUGUGAAGGUGGAGAGCUUUUCGAGAAGAUGAAAUCGAAAGGUAGAUUCAGUGAAAAAAUUGCAGCUCAGAUACUUAGUUCCAUAAUGAAAGUUGUUUAUUCUCUUCAUUUCAUGGGAGUUAUGCAUCGAGAUUUGAAACCUGAGAACUUUUUGCUGUCAAAAAAGGGGGGAUUAGGGUUUCUUCCAUGUUUUGCUGAUUAUAGUCUCUUGAAGGCGAUCGAUUUUGGGUUAUCUGCCUAUAUUGAUGAAGGAAAGCCAAACCAAGAGAAAGUUGGAACUGCUUUCUAUGUUGCUCCCGAGGUUUUGCGGCGUCAAGAAUAUGGAAAAGAAGUAGAUAUAUGGAGUGCAGGGGUGAUUCUGUAUAUGUUACUCACUGGGGUUCCUCCCUUUUAUGGUGAGAAAGAGAGAGACAUAUUUGAUGCCGUACUGAAUGCAGAGAAAGUUCUUGAUAUGAAGAACCAUCCAUGGCCAUCAAUAUCAAAGAAUGCAAAGGAACUUGUGAAGAAGAUGCUCUCAGUGGAUCCAAAGAAACGCCCGACUGCUUCUGAUGUUCUCAAGGAUCAAUGGUUGGUUGAAAAUGGAGAAGCUACAGAUAGUCCAAUUGACAGUAUGUUUCUUGCUAGAAUGAAGCACUUCAAAGCUUUGAAUGAAUUCAAGAAACUUGCACUCAAGAUAAUUGCCGAUAUUAUCCCACACGAAGAACUUGAAGGAUUUGAAGCAAUGUUUAGGAACAUGGACACGGAUGAAAAUAAAGUUAUCUCCCGUGAAGAACUCGAGUCGUCGUUGGCUAGACUUGGAUCGAAUCUUGGGCCAGAUGAAGUUCAGCUUAUUUCUGAAGCUGCUGACGCAGAUGGGGAUGGAUGUAUCGACUACAAUGAGUUCAUUACAGCGAUGAUGAACUUUCAGAGAUUUCAUAAAAAAGAACACCUUGUUAAAGCUUUUCAGCAUUUUGAUAAGGAUAAGAAUGGAAUUAUAUCGAAAGGGGAACUAAAAGUUGCAUUGGAAGAGUAUAAAUUGGGGAAGGCAACCAUUGAAGAUAUAGUAUCAGAAGUUGAUACAAAUAAAGAUGGUGUAAUCAGCUUUGAAGAAUUCUGUGCAAUGAUAAGAAGCUAAAAGUCAACAUAUCAAAAGUAUGUAUGUGAUCACUCUUCGUCGUUUAAAAAAUGUAUGUAUAUUCAUUAAUGAAUCCAAAUUGUAUAUCUGCUAUCUACCUCUAUUCUUUCCUAUUCUGCUUGUGUGUGUGUAUACACACACACAUUGUAUAUAUAUACACCUAAAUUUGUAUUCCGUUCACAACUUGGUUUAGAACCAAUAUAGGGGCCGUUUACCCGAUCAUUUACCCAUUAAACGUUUACUGGUAAAAUUCAACACUAUUACUUACCGCAUAAGAUUUUAGUACACCAAAUGGCAUUGUAUG